AUGACUGACUAAAGUGAAUCAGAAUAUAAUUAGUUAUAAACAUAGGUUUUUAAAUUAUGCCAUUCUUUCUCUUUAGAUUUAUUUAGAGGGGCUGAAAUAUAUAUUUAAAAAAAAAUUCUUAAUUCUUUUACUAUGUUAAAAUGGACUGUUAUCCAGUAUUAGUACAAAAUUAUUGUUCCCAUUAAUUGUAUUAUUUAUCUAUUUUACUCAAGAUUGUGUUCACAAAUCUAGUGAAUAAAUAUUGCCCUUUACUAAUUAAAACCCAACAACGCCUUCAAGUACACAUAAAUUCGUAUUGUUAAUACAGAUUAAAUAAAGUUUAAUCUAAAAACAUAAAUUUCAUCAGUUUGAAGCAGAUUUUCACUUCUUACAUUCUUUUCUUAUUCAGGGCGAUAGGGUGUUCUGCAAUAUUUUUUUGAGAAGUAUAAUAACUUCCUUUAACUUAUUGAUUUAUCACCUCUUAAAUUUUUAGAAUCAAGUUAAUUCCAUCAUUUAUAAAUUGAUUCUAUAAACUCUUUCCACUCAUUGUUUUGCAUUACUUUCAAAUCACCUUUGA